ACUUGAAGACAUUCUGGUUCUAGAUGGUGUCAGCCGGUAUCCUCGCGAUGUCCUGAGCGGCGCAAUGGCGCAGCCGCCCUACGCCCUGCCCUGGGGCAUACACUACCAACACAGUUGCAAAAGUGACAGUGAAGAAGUCAGACCUGACUACAGGGAACAUUAUAAUUUGCACAGAUGCAGUUCUUUGGGCAAAUGCGGGGAGGAGGAACCGCGCGAGGAGACCGUAUCCAGCUCGGAACAACCUUGGGGAGACAAGAUGGUGAGCAGCUCUCUGUGUCCAACUCGAGCUGACGCCGCCUCACCCCCACACCACGUCACCACCACGCACACUGGCAGCGGUCGUCGCGGCGCGCUCCAACUGUGGCAAUUCCUGGUAUCUCUGCUGGCCGAGGGCGCGCGCUGCGUCGCCUGGACAGGCCGAGGACUUGAGUUCAAAUUGCACGAACCUGAGGAAGUGGCGCGGCGCUGGGGCGCACAGAAGAACAGGCCUGCUAUGAACUAUGACAAGCUCUCUCGCUCUUUACGCUACUACUAUGAGAAAGGCAUCAUGCAGAAGGUCGCCGGAGAGCGAUACGUCUACAAGUUCGUUUGUGACCCGGAGGCGCUGUUCAGCAUGGCACGUCCCGCGCCCCCCGCUGCACCCUACGACGUGCUAUCACAGCUGUACGGGGGGUGCGUGUACCCGCCGUGCCUGCCGCCCGCCGCGCCCUCACCCCCCGACUACAGGCGCUACUAUGACGGACAUUACGACACAUCUAGUGUUUGA